GCCCAUUCAAUGUGCAUGAAUACGGAGCGAGGAGAGGACAGGAGCUCUGGGAGUACUGCUGGGACUGGGAGGACACAGUGGACUGGACGGACCGGACCGGACCCGGGCAGGCGGACAUGGAUGGACAGAACGGCAGCAGCAGCAUCUGCACCCGGCCGCACGGCACUGUGGCGGACAGCAAGGAGAAGGAGAAGGAGAAGGAGAAGGAGAAGGAGAAACUCCCCGACAGAGUGACUCUGAAGAAGGAGAUCGGGCUGCUGAGCGCAUGCACCAUCAUCAUAGGGAACAUCAUCGGCUCCGGGAUCUUCAUCUCUCCAAAGGGGGUCCUGGAGCACUCGGGCUCAGUGGGCUUGGCGUUGGUGGUUUGGUUAAUGGGAGGUGGCAUCGCUGCCUUGGGCUCCCUCUGCUACGCUGAACUGGGCGUCACCAUCCCCAAAUCUGGAGGAGACUACUCCUAUGUCACCGAGAUAUUCGGAGGUCUGAUGGGUUUCCUCCUGUUGUGGAGCGCCGUCCUCAUCAUGUACCCGACCACGCUGGCCGUCAUCGCCCUCACGUUCUCCAGCUACAUCCUGCAGCCCGUUUUCCCAGACUGUGUUCCUCCAUACAUGGCCACACGGAUGCUGUCAGCCACCUGUCUCCUGCUGCUCACCUGGGUGAACUGCUCCAGCGUGCGUCUGGCCACCAGGAUCCAGGACGUGUUCACGGUGGGGAAGCUGAUGGCUCUGGGUCUCAUCAUCGUGGUCGGCCUGGUCCAGAUCUGCAAUGGGAACUACGAGGCGCUGACUCCUCAGGUGGCCUUCGCCAUGGAAAGGACGCCGUCGGUGGGUCAGAUCGCGCUGGCCUUCCUGCAGGCGUCCUUCGCCUUCAGCGGCUGGAACUUCCUCAACUACGUCACGGAGGAAGUGGUUGAACCCAGACGGAAUCUACCUCGUGCCAUCUACAUCUCCAUCCCAUUGGUGACCAUCGUGUACACGCUCACCAACAUCGCCUACUUCUCCUCCAUGUCGCCCGAGGAGCUGCUGUCCUCCAACGCCGUGGCCGUAACUUUUGGAGAGAAGCUGCUGGGAAUGUUCUCCGUCAUCAUGCCGAUCUCCGUGGCUCUGUCCACCUUCGGAGGAAUCAACGGCUACCUGUUCACCUCCUCCAGGUUGUGUUUCUCUGGAGCCAGAGAGGGUCACCUGCCCAGCCUGCUGGCCAUGAUCCAUUAUAAGAACUGCACUCCCAUCCCGGCCCUGCUGGUCUGCUGCGCUGCCACCAUCGUUAUCCUCUGCAUCGGAGAGACUCACAACCUCAUCAACUACGUCUCCUUCAUCAACUAUCUGUCGUACGGCGUCACCAUCGCAGGCCUGCUGUACUACCGCUGGAAGAAGCCCAACCUGUACCGGCCCAUCAAGGUGCACCUGUUGGUUCCCGUGUGCUACCUGAUGUUCUGGGCGCUGCUGCUGGGUUUCAGUCUUUACUCAGAGCCGGUGGUCUGCGGCGUUGGGUUGGUCAUCAUGCUCACCGGCGUACCCGUCUACUUCCUGGGCGUCCACUGGAAAGAAAAACCAAAGUGCAUCUACAACUUCAUUGAGAGGGCGACCUACGUGGGCCAGAGGUUGUGUUUCGUGGUCUUCCCUCAGAUCGACCCCAUCGAGGUCUCCAACCCUUCAGAAUGGACUGAGCGCUCAUCGGGCCGGAGCAGCUUGUCUGCCAACUCUUAAAACCUUUUCUCUGAAUAUAUGAAGAUGUUUUUGUCCCGUCGCUGUGUGAGUCCAGACACUUCUUCCUGGUCCGGGAGCCUCCUGUCUGACCUUUGACCCUGUGAGACUGCAGUCGAGUGGAAACGCCUCUUCUUCUGCACUUUUUAUUUUCUCCUCUUUUCUACUAAGUGGUCCAGUUACAACAAGCUAAUGCCAGCGGGGUCACGCUGUUGAAGGUGACUUGUAUUCCCAGUUUGGAUGCAUUCUUCUGUAACAGGACGUUCUUGUGAGUGUUGCUGCUGUGCCUUCAGACCUUUUCACACCAAGUCCCAAACUAAAAUGACUAAAUUCAUUCAGAGAAGAUCUGCAGUUGAGUCAAACUACAACUUUGUUUAUUUUUCUUUCCUGGUGCGUGAUUGUGUUUCAGUGUCACAAGGGUCGAGACAGAACUUUAAAGGUGUCAGUAGAACACACGAUGAUACCGUCCAGAUACACACCCGGUGAAACCACGACGUCAGGUUCAAUCACAUCAAAGGAACACAGCGUGUAAGAGUGACCGUUGUUAGAGUGACGUAUCUGAACAGCUGUUGUUGAAUCCUCCCGACUUCAGAGAUCCUCUCACUGCUGGAGGCAUCGUGAUGAAAUGUUAUGCACUCAUUCAUGUUCCCUCAGGAUGAACGUCUGACUUCCAUCAUCACAUUAACAUCUCGCUGCUCUGCUUUACAACAGAUGGAAUGUUUCUGUUGCAGCAGCUUCUAACCAACAACUUCACACCAAACAUUUGGAAAGAAGAAGAAGUGCGAGCGGACAUCGUGCAUAAAGAAGUGUUGCUAACGUUGGGUUUGAACAUCCUGUGCUGUAGUUCAUCGCGACUUCUUUAUCUCACAAUAUGGACAGUGAACUGAACACGCUUCUUCAGAAACACCAGUGAGACUCUCGCUGACGUUUGUUCUGCGUUUGAGAUUCAAACUUUAAACUCACAGCGUAGACAUGUCUCCGACAGAAACAUUUUAUAAUCUAAUUCUAGGAAACCGGUGAUAGUUUAAAGAAGCACGGCGUAACAUAACAACUAAAGUGCUUGAAGGAUUCUUUAGGGAAACAAAUGAAGUAAAUAAAAACAGACGUGUGUGUGUACAGUAUGUAUGUACUCCUCUUAAAUGUAGAGCAGUAGAAGUAUAAGCUGCAGAACUUCAGAGCAGUACUUGAGUACAUGUACUUAGUUACUUCCCUCGCAGACUGUGCAUCACAUCUCAGAUAUUCAAGUGUUCAUCUUUUUAAACUGUAUUUGCGUUGAGACGUCAGACUUGGUGUGAAAAGGUUUUCAUUCAGAUGAUUCUUAACGUUAGAUUCUUCAUAUAUUUAGUUCUGCACUCGAUGAUCUGAGAAGCACUUUGGUCUUCCGUCGUUUGCUUCUUGUCCCUUUCAACUCUUUUCCUCUCACUUUGUAAAACACGGAUGUCGCUGGACUCAUUCUGCACAAAGCACCGUCGUACGUGAGACGCAGAGCGAGCUCCUUAAUUCACGUGUUUAUUAAUGUUUUGUUAACAAGGUAGUUGUGCUCACUCCACCUGCCGCCACUCACGCCGACCCACCUCGCUCUGGUUUGUUGGAAUCAACCGAUUUAUGGUAGAAAAGCUCACAAAUCGUGCAGGAAAGCAGGAUUUGAAAAGGUUGUUGCGUCAUUAAGCCGAACUAAUGCCACGUGUGACUGAGGAAGAAGCCGCCCCUCUUUACAAACACUACUUCUGUACUUCCACUUCUUCUCUUUGGUGGGGAAUUAAUCACUUUGCUCAGGUUGGCUCUAUAAAAAGCCAACUUUCAAUAACUUGUGACUGUGGUCACUUAUUAUGUUCUGAUUUAAUAUAGCACAUAAUGCUGUGCAGGUGUUGCCACUCGUGUAUUUCUCUGAUUGUAUUAUUGUCAGAUAACUGCUGUUAUAAAACACUGAUUCAGGAGUUUACUUUACAUUUUACACUCUUUUUAUAAAACGGUUGUUUGAUCCAGUUAGUCCAUGAGAGUGUCUGUGUGACACCUGAAAGUAUGGAAGCCCAUAGGGGACUUUAUUAAACAUGACAUUGUAAACUUGAUUUAACUCCACAAUAGCAUUAAAGUUUCCCACGUG